GGUAUAUAAUAUAAUGAAUAUGUGAUACAUUAAUAUUGAAUAUAUAAUUGUAAAAUCUAUGAAAUCUUAAUAUUAAAUUAAUUCUUAGAUAGAACAGGUGCAUUAGAUAUGACUACAACUAUAUGUCAUCGUCAUACUCCUCAUACUGAAUUAGAAAAAUUUACAAAAUUGGCAGAUUUAGUUGUUGUUGCAGCUGGUAUACCUGGUUUAAUCACUAAGGAAAUGAUAAAACCAGGAGCAUGUAUAAUUGAUGUAGGAAUUACAAGAAUAAAAAUGGAUAAUAAAUAUAAAAUAGUAGGAGAUGUAGACUUUGAAAAUGUAAAAUCAAUUGCUGGACAUAUAACUCCAGUACCAGGAGGUGUAGGUCCUAUGACUGUAGCAAUGUUAAUGAAAAAUACUAUUUUAGCAGCUAACAAAAAUUACGAAAACUCAAAGCUCUCUAAUCUUAAUAAUAAGAAUAAUAAUAAAUAAAAAUUUUGAUCAAUA